UAGAUUAAUCACAAUCUUUCCUUGUUUAAUCUUGCAUGGGUUCAUGUGACUUGUUAAUCACACUCACUUCGCAUCAUUAAGUCCAGCUUCAAUGUAGGUUCUCAGACAAUUAACAACUAACUAUACACAAUAUAAACACAUCACUCUGAGACUUCAAGGAAGGAGCUGAGGACUAAUGGGAGCUAUUACAGUCGGAGAGUUGAAGUCGAGUAUCAUAGGAAAGAGGCCUUUUCGUCCAAAUGCUAGUACCCGACAUCUUUCUGAAUGGCCAAUAUCUGAUGUUGCCAGUGAUCUUACGGUUGAAGUAGGAACAACGCGUUUUGCGCUACACAAAUUCCCUCUGGUGUCGAGGAGUGGACGAAUUCGAAAGCUAUUACUGGAAGCAAAGGACACAAAGAUUUGUCAACUCAAUCUCUCUGGCGUUCCUGGUGGACCAGAGGCAUUCGAGCUGGCUUCAAAGUUCUGUUAUGGAGUGAACGUUGAGAUUUCACUAUCAAAUGUUGCCAUGCUACAUUGUGCAGCACAUUUUCUUGAAAUGACUGAAGAAUUUUUGGAGAAGAACCUGGCACACCGAACUGAUGUCUAUCUAAAGGAUAUGGUACUUCCAAGUAUAGCAAACUCGAUAGCUGUUCUUCACAAUUGUGAAACACUUCGGCCCAUAUCAGAAGAGAUCAACCUGAUAAGUAGAAUUAUUAGCUCAAUAGCAAAUAAUGCUAGUAAAGAGCAGCUCACAUCUGGCUUAUCUAAGCUUGAUCACAACUAUUCUUCAAAGUGCAUGCCAAAAUUGGACACAGAGAUACCCUCAGACUGGUGGGGAAAGUCCUUACAAAUGCUUAGUCUCGAUUUCUUCCAAAGGGUUGUUUCUGCAGUAAAAACUAAGGGUCUGAAACAGGAUAUGAUCAGCAGAAUCUUGAUAGAUUAUGCUCAUAAUUCUCUACAAGGACUUGUCACGAGGGAUCCUCAGUUAGUAAAAGGUAGUGUUCCCAGCUUAGAACUUCAAAAGAAGCAAAGGGUUAUUGUCGAAGCAAUAGUUAGUUUGCUACCUAGUCAAUCCAGGAAGAGCACUGUUCCAAUGGCCUUUCUUUCAAGUUUGUUGAAAUCUGCAAUAGCUGCAUCAGCAAGUACUUCUUGUCGAUCUGAUCUGGAGAGACGGAUUGGCUUGCAACUCGAACAGGCAAUUCUUGAAGACAUCCUUGUCCCUGCUCAUUCACUAGGAAACAACCAGGGUGCAAUUUAUGAUGCAGACUCAAUCUUAAGGAUCUUCUCCAUUUUCUUGAACUUGGACGAGGAUGACGAUGAUGAUAACCAUAUGAGGGAUGAAAGUGAGAUGGUUUACGGCUUUGACAGCCCUGGUUCUCCAAAACAAAGCUCGAUUCUCAAGGUCUCAAAGUUAUUGGACAAUUAUCUGACAGAAGCUGCACUAGAUUCAAAUUUGAGUCCAUCUAAGUUUAUAGCAUUGGCUGAAUUACUCCCAGACCAUGCUCGUAUUCUGGAUGAUGGAUUAUACAGAGCCGUCGACAUAUUCCUCAAGGUUCAUCCAAAUCUCAAGGACUCAGAGCGCUAUAGACUGUGUAAAACCAUAGACUGCCAAAAACUAUCUCAAGAAGCCUGCAGCCAUGCAGCUCAAAAUGAAAGAUUACCCGUGCAAAUGGCUGUACAAGUACUCUACUUUGAGCAAAUCAGGCUUCGAAAUGCAAUGAAUGGAGGGCACAAUAACCAAUUCUUCUUCGGGUCAAUAAGUGGAGGCCAACAUUUUCCUCAGCGUUCAGGCAGUGGUGCAGGAAGUGGCUGCAUCUCACCGAGAGACAACUAUGCAUCAGUAAGACGAGAAAACAGAGAGUUAAAACUUGAAGUUGCUAGAAUGAGAAUGAGGCUAACUGACUUGGAAAAAGACCAUGUCUCUAUAAAACAAGAGCUGGUGAAGACACAUCCUGCUAACAAGCUGUUCAAGUCAUUUACCAAGAAACUGUGCAAGCUCAAUUCUCUGUUCAAAAUCAAAGAUAUCAAGGCUUUGAACGGAAGCAAGGGUAAUUUAGAAGCUCGGUUCUUAUUCCAGAGGCGAAGGCGACACUCCAUUUCAUGAGCCUGUUGUAUCUUACAGACAAGCCCAAGUACUGUACAGCGUUAUUUCUACUACUACAUUGUAAUAUGGGAUUGAUGUGAGGUUUUCUGCUCUUAUAUUUGAUCUGUUUUGCUGUGUUCGAGAGUAUAGGUUCUUUUAUAGUUCUCAAGAACUAAGGUUUCAUUGAUAUUACCGGCUUGUAUUAGGCACUUGUAAUUUUUUGCUACAUGCUUUUUCUUCACUUUUUUUUUUCCGGCAUAUCACAUAUUCUCAAUAUAUUAAAUUUGCAAAAA